AUGAAGCUCUAUCACCACGUUGAAAAGCAUGAGGACUUCUUCCUCCCCUACCAAGAUGGUCUCACCCUCAAGCCCGUCGAAGCGCUCGUGAAGCACGAGAAAGACAUGGGCUUCUCCGAUGUUGAGACUGUUUUUCCUGCGACUGAAGUCCAGAAGGAUAUUCUCAAGGAGGAUGUCCAAUGGGCUGAGGCAGUGCUCUUUUCUGGAAAGACAUCUGCUUUGAGCUCUGACAAAAUCCUUGAUGUAUGGAGAUCUCUUGCAUAUCAUUACAUAUGUCUUAGAUCUUACAUUACUGAUGGGCCAACGCAAAAAGUUGUGGUCCAGAGGCGCAUCGAGCCUGUUCAGUGGCGCCGUCCCGAAAAAGGAUUUGAAAAGCGUCACCGAGGCUCAGCGUUCCUCACGGUUGAAGCCAACAAACGUUCUGACGAGAUGAAUCUUGUACUUCACUUCCACCGCGCCUUGAUUGACACAACCUCGCUUCAUACACUCAGACUCGACUGUCUUCUUCAAAUCCACGGUAUUCCUGGUAUCGAAAGCACUGGUUUUACCACCUACACGCGAUACCUUGCACAGCAGCGCAAAGACAUCAACUCGUCCAAAACCUUCUGGUCCAAGACUUUUUCAGACAUUGCUCCCCAGUCUAUCUUCAGUCUUCAAACUGACGCCCUGAAUGGGUUAAACCAGGAUAGACAUGGUGUCAGUGCUGUUAUUCAAGGCGUAGAGCUAGCAGCGCUGAAUAGUCUUGAGAAAUCUCGCGAGGACUCGAAGACAUGGCGCCAGACGUUUCUCGAAGCAAUCUGGGCCCAUGUUCUGAGUGCUCACUCUGACUCUGAAGAAGUUCUUUUCGGGACUGUUCGUCGAGAUUCGAACUUUGUGGGAGUAGACACUUGCGUCGGAUGUCUUGACCAAACAUAUCCCGUCCGGCUGCGCGUUCCCACUGGAGAAGACGCAACCUUCUCUGACCUUUCCGAAUCCCUGGACAAGUACCACACGGAAGCCAGUCGUCACGCAUCCAUCGGCUACACCGGAAUCCAAGAGCAAGCCCCAGAUGGCAUGCUAAUCGAAACAGCCGUCAGUUACAGCCAAACCACCAACACACCUUGCAUCGCCCCAAGCUUGAGGAAGUUCCCCGUCGUGUUGUGCAUCAACGACGCAAGCGUGUUGCAACUCGCUAUCAAGUGCACAACCAAGAUCCCACUAGAAAAGGUCGAACUGGUGUUUAGGCACUUUGUCUCGGCAAUCUUCAGUGCCGCUCAGGGCUUGAGUGCGGCGGACAAGUUCCUUCUAUCAGACAUCCAGCUCGUCUCGGAGGCUGAAAAGCGUCUCAUACUAUCUCGUUCAGUUGGUACCCGCCAAGUACAGCCUACGACUAUUCCUGCUUUGUUCGAGAAGACUGCGGCUCGAUACCCUAAAAGAGUCGCAGUUGACUUUCAGGGCGAGGCUACCCUCACGUUCACCCAGCUCAACAGCCUUUCUAACAUUCUGGCGAGGAGACUGAGGCUUCAGAAAGGUGCUGUGUAUCCUAUCUUGGCUGACAGGUCUCUGGAUCUGGUCGUGGCUAUCCUGGCGGUGCUCAAGGCUGGGUCAGCGUAUACUGUCCUUGACCCAGAAUUCUCGGUCAGUCGUCUCGAGCAAGUCGUUAACGAUUGCAAUGCAGCAGCGGUUCUGUCUACUCGCAGAUACAUGAACAUGCUUCCCAACACUGUCGAUAUUGAACAAGAUUAUACACGACUCAGUACUGAUGCCGGGGACUCACUUGAUAACACUGAUGGCAUUGGCGUGCGGGUCAAGCCUCAAGACCGCUGCUACAUCAUCUACACGUCCGGUAGUACAGGGAAGCCCAAAGGCGCCGUACUCACCCAUGAGGCUGCCACGAGCGGUAUGCAGCACCACUCUUUGAACGGGCUGAACCGGUGGCUUCUCUUCUAUAACCCAAGCUUCAGCGCUGCUCAGCGAACCAUCCUAAGUACUCUUGUGAACGGCGGAACGCUGGUGCUGGCACCAAAAGAAGCACUCACUCGGGAUCUCGCGGGAGUCAUCAACCGGCUUUCGGUCGACUCACUCGGAAUUACCCCUUCUGCCCUUUCUCUUUUGUCGCCCAAGGAUGUUCCAACCCUCAAGAGCAUCACCGUCGUGGGUGAGCAGACUCCUCAAGAGCUUGUGAACACUUGGUCUUCCGUCAAGGGCCUUACACUGAGAAACACGUAUGGACUCAGCGAAUGCACACAGCUUAACUUUGGAAGGCCGUUGACCGCAAAUAACGGGAUUGUUCCGAACCCUCGCAUACUGGACCCACCAAUUGACACGACGAGCGUCUUUAUCCUUCGUCAUGGUACUACUGAGCUCUCACCACUACUCGUAUUCGGUGAACUCUGUCUCGCCGGUCCACAGCUUGCACAAGGCUACAUCAACGAGCCAGGCUUGACCGAGAAAGCAUUCAUCACCAACCCGUUUGGUCCUGGAAAGCUUUACAGAACCGGUGAUAAGGCUCGAUGGCUUCCUAAUGGGCAGAUCGAGAUUGAAGGACGUGUCGAUAUGCAAGUCAAGAUCAAUGGGCAAAAGGUCGAACCCGCCGAAGUCGAUCGUCUUUUGGUCUCGCUUGACGCGAUCAAGGGAGCCGUGACAUUUUCUGUCAAGAUGGAAGAUCGUCAAGUCUUGGCUACUGGUGUUGUACUUGAUGAUGGUGCUUCUUUCAGAGAUGCCGUCAACGCAGCGAGGAACCAUCUUCGCGCCAACCUGCCAGUUUUCAUGACGCCCACUCUUUGGAUCCCUAUUGAGUCGGUACCGAGGAAUGGGAACGGGAAACUCAACUAUCACUUGCUGCGAACUAAGGCAACAGAGCUCGGAUUUGCUGGCUUUGCUAAGCUCAUGGACUUGGGAAAUGAAGAGAACACCGAGGAAGUCUUUACUGAUGUUGAAGAAAAAAUUGUAUCAGUAUGGGCAAGAUCUCUCAAGAUUAACGGCUCUAUUAUUCGUCGAUCUCAUUCCUUCACUGACCUUGGCGGCACUUCCAUUGAGGCCAUCCGGGUUGUGUCAGAGCUACGUGAACACGGUCUAGCAACUGAACUCGGUGACCUGCUGGCCUACAUCCCUCUCAAGGAGGUUGCUUCUCGAGCUCAGACUAUCGGUGUGGAGGAUGAGCAAGACCCGACACCCUUCUCACUCCUUCAGGACGAGAAACUGCUUUCAGAGUUGCAAUCGAACGGCCAUGUUAGCGACGCGUAUCCUGCCACGCCUUUCCAAGAAUCCAUGCUGGUAUCAGUCAACUCGCCCUCGGAUCCAUACACCUAUUCCAGGACUUGGGAUGUAAGCCAACUGGAUCUGCUACGCCUGAGGGACAGCUUUGAGCAGGUGUUCAGGUCUCGCGACAUCCUGCGCACCGUGUUCGUUCCAUACAAACAGUCUUUCGUGCAAACAGUGAGGUCCAACGUAGAACUCCCUUGGUUUCAGCCCCAGAAAACACUUGAGGGUUUACAGCAAAGCGGCGAAGUCCAACACUGGGAUAUGGAGAAACCUCUAUGGAAAGCAACCCUGACGUCAGAUCGAGCUCUGGUAGUGACGAUGCACCAUUCACUAUUCGACUUCUGGUCUCAUGGUUUCCUGUAUGACGACGUCGCCGCAGUCUACACCGGCAAUCCAGUUCCUCAACGCCCAAAUAUGACCCGGUUUAUCCGGUACUUGCAACAAGCGCCUUCUGCGAACAGCACCUCAUUCUGGUCCGAAUACCUCCGAGGUGCUGAAGUGCUCAAGCUGAACAGCAAUCAGCUCUACAAGACCAGUAAACUCGAGUUCGAUCUUGGCUACAGUCUCACUACACGCGCCAGAAGUGCUGGAUUGACUCUCGGCGCAGUCGUAUACAGCGCCUGGGCCAUCGUUCUAUCGCGGCAGAUGGGAUCCAACGACAUCACUUUCGCAACCACUGUUUCUGGCAGAGAAGUGCCUGUUGUUGGUAUCAAUGAUCUAGAUGGACCUACCAUGAGCACUGUCCCACAGAGGAUCAAGCUCGAUACUGAAUCUACCCUCCGAGACGUCGCCCAGAAGACAAUCGCUUCGUUUUCUCAGCUACUCAAGCAUUCUCAAGUCGGUAUCGCUGCAGCGCUCAAAGCGGGCAAUAUUGGUGCACAAGUUAUCGACACUCUUGUAAACAUUCUGAUCGAUGCCAACAAGACGGAGAGGCCGAGAAAGUCCCACGAAGUAUUCAAGAUGCGUGGCUCUCGGCCUCAAUGGGAGUCUGGACACGGUAUGACUGUUCUGGAAGUCCAAGAGCCACAAGGAGAGAGUGACUCUACCAUUCUUCGGCUUUCAAGUAAAGUAGAUCCUCGACGCUUGGGAUUCAUCAAGGACUCCUUGGUUAAGGUGCUUCAUCUUUUCUGCGAGAAGCCUGAUUCUAUCCUUUCGUCUACGAACAUUAUGGGUGCUGCUGAACAUGACUUCAUCUUCAACCAACUUUCUCAUCGGAAGACACUUCGCGUUCCAGAGCCCGAGUUUCUUCACAGUGCAUUUAAGAGAAUUGCGCAAGAAACUCCAGAUGCUAUCGCGAUUGACUUUAACAACGAGGUCACCAUCUCUUACGGAGUUCUCGACAAACUCGCCAAUCGCUUUGCUCACACCCUUAUCGACGCUGGCGUACAGAUGGGUGACCUUGUGCCCAUCAUGCUUGAUAAGUCAGUUGACAUGAUGGUCGUCAUUCUUGGUACAAUGAUUGCCGGAGCAGCGUAUGUCCCUUUGAGUCCUGACAAUCCCAAGGACAGAAACUCCUACAUUGUGUCUGACACGUCUGCAAAACUCAUUGUUGUUCAUCCUGCGUACGUGGAGUUUGGCGACUAUGUGAAGAAGUCGUUUGGUGUUGAGACGCUGGUGAUGAAGGGCUACCAGAAUUUGAGCUCGACAAACUCGCGUGGUGAGGAUGCAGACUCCUGUCCCGUUGUCAAUCAUACUCCAGACAACCUCGCAUAUCUCAUUUACACUUCCGGCAGCACAGGACUCCCCAAGGGUGUGAAAGUUCCGCAUAGAACCGCUGCCGCUGCCGUCUCGAGCAUGAUACAAGUCGAAGGCCGCAACCAAGGCGUAUGGAGAACUCUGCAGUUCGCCAACUACGUAUUCGACGCAUCAGUCCAAGAUUUCUUCAACACACUUAGUAGUGGCGGCACACUAUGCAUGGCCCCGACAGACGUCCUGCUUUCUGAUAUUGCAGGCUGCAUCAACCGAAUGGAUGUUCGCCAGGCUAUCAUCACACCAACGGUUGCCAAAUUGCUCAACCCAGCUGAUGUCCCGCGAUUCGAGACACUCAUUGUUGGAGGUGAGCCGCUAACCUCCGACGUCGUCAAGAAUUGGGCCCCUCACUGUAAGAUCUUGAACGUCUACGGACCAACCGAAACAUCCAUGGUGGUUACCACCAAGCAAAUUGAGUCGUUCUCAGACAACCCUGUCGUGGGUAAUAUUGGUGCUCCGUUUGAUACCGUCAUGGCCUUUAUCCUCGAUCCGAAUGGAGAGACACUGCAGCCUUAUGGUGCCAUUGGAGAACUGUGCAUAGCUGGCCCUCAGGUAACAGACGGUUACAUCAAUCGAUCCGACUUGACGACCGCGGCAUAUGUUGAUAGCGCUCAACUUGGGGUUCGUAUCUAUAGAACCGGUGACUUGGCGCGAUGGCUCCCUGAUGGCGAGAUUGAGUGUCUUGGCCGCAAAGAUAACCAGGUCAAGAUUCACGGCCAUCGCAUUGAGCUUGGAGAAGUUGAGAACGCCAUUCGGAACUCGGGCCUUGUCAAGGAUGCGAUUGCUGUGGCUGCCAAGGUUCAUGAUAAGGUCCACCUGUUCGCAUUCUGUACCUUCAAUGAGGCUACUGGAAUGGACGGCACUGCUAUUCUCGAACCUUCCACCAUGCGAGAUAAAUUUGCGAGUCUACACGAGAAGCUGGGAUCGUUGGCGACUUACAUGAUCCCCAAGUUUGUCAUUCCCAUGGCCGAUUUCCCGAAGUUGCCUUCACGAAAGGUUGAUAGAAAAGCAUUGAAGAAGAUGCUGGAAGACCUCGAUCGAGACUUCUUAGCGCAAUGCGUGCUUGAGUCUCCCAGCCAGGGCCACGCAACCGUGCCUGUAGAGACUGCCUCUGAGGCUGCUUUGGAGUCGGUCUGGGCGGAUAUCUUUGGCCUACCAACUGAUCAGAUCGGACGUGAGGCAAACUUCUUGGCCUUGGGAGGUGAUUCGAUCUCGGCAAUUAGUCUCACUGGCCAUCUUCGCAAGCUGGGCUAUCAUUUCACAGUACUCGAUAUUCUCCAAUCUCCAAAGCUCAAAGACAUGGCCGCUACCAUGCGGAAGCUGGAACCUGAGGCACUGGGCAAGAAGAUGGUCUUUAAUGUUCCCGGGAGUGUCAAGAAGGCCAUUGAAAGCACUGGGCUGACAUGGCAUGAUCACGUUGAGUAUGCAUACCCUUGUCCACCCGGCCAAGCAGAGUUCUUGAAGCAAGGCGCUCGCGACUCUCAGAUGUGGGUUCUUCAGACUGUGCGACGCAUGACUGGUGUCAUCGAGCCUGAUGCCUGGAUCAAAGCCACCACGAAACUCACCGAAGCCAACGACAUCUUACGCACGACUUGGCUAGAGGCUUCUCCCGGGAACUGGGUAGGAGUUGUCCUCCGCGAUGCGCAGCUCGACAUCACAACUGUCGCCCGUGAGUCGGAUGAAGAAGUCUCUCACUUUCUCGAAGACUUCUGGCGAACACGUUUCGAGGUCGGCCGCCCCUUUAUCAAGUACGCCAUCAUCACCCAUGGAGACGCAUCUUGGGACUUGGUCAUUAAGAUGGACCAUGCCGUAUACGACGGAACUCUUCUACGUGUCUUUGAUCAGCAUUUCGAGAACAUUCUACAAGACAAGCCUUUGCCUCCUCGUGUCGAGUUCCGUGACUUUGCUCAACAUGUCUUUGAGCAAGACAAGUCCCAGGCGCUUGAGUACUGGAAGAACAAAUUCAGCCAUGCUGGGCAAUCAUCUCAGGUUCUCAAGGGGCGAGAUCUCGGUGGUGUUAGUGAACCCCGCGUCACCGCCAGUUUCAAGAUGAAAAUGGAUACACGCGGCAUCGAUCAAGUGGCAAGGAACUAUGGCGUCACUCCUAGUAUCAUCUUCCAGGCUGCCUUCACACUUUGGUUGGCUAAGGUGACCAAGAGUGAUCAUGUUCGCUACGAUUAUCUCCUCAGUGGACGAAACGUGGCACUUCCUGAUCCUCAGUCCAUCAACGGAACACUAGCCAACUUUUUGCCAAUCUGGACAGCUACCAACUCCACUGAGAGGAUCUCAGAUCUUCUCAUGAGACUACAAGAGGACUUUUGGGCUGUCACGGAGAAUGGCUUAGUUGGACUUGACGAUAUCUACCAGACGCUGAAUGUUGUUCGCGCGACUCACGGGAACAAGGUUUUGUUUCUGUCGCAGCCAUUCGAUCCUGUUCCCUUGGAUGAUGUAACAACACGCAACCGCUGGCUCGUCAUGGCCAAGUCAAAGGUGCGGAUGUAUCAGCCAUAUGCGCUGGUAGUGGAGGUGUCGAAGUCUUUUGGUGAUACAUCGAUAUUGAAGGUUAUGUAUGAUGAGAAGGUGUUUGACCAUGGCUUGGCUGAGCAGUUUGCUUCCGAGAUCACUGGGUUGGUAUCGGCUAUAAUGCAGGGUGAACAUAAAAGCAUGACCGUUGAGGAGGUCUAG